AUGGCGGGAACCGUUCACGUACUCGAUGAUUACUACCUGGCCAUCACACUUCUCAUCACGAUUGGCUACCAACUCGCCUUCUUCGCGGUCGCAUUCACGUUCAAGUUUGAUAAGUUGACAGACUUUGCCGGAGGCACAAACUUUGUAGUCCUAGCCAUCAUUACGCUUGCCUUCAGCGACCACCACCAUGCGCGCCAGAUUGUCGCGUCGCUGUUCAUCAUGGUCUGGGGCUUGCGGCUCUCGGGAUUCCUCCUCUUUCGCAUCCUAAAGACGGGCAAGGAUGAUCGCUUUGAUGACAAGCGUGACAAGUUCUUCCCAUUUCUUGGAUUCUGGGUGUUCCAGAUGAUCUGGGUCUGGACAGUCUCAUUACCCGUGACUGUGUUGAACUCGCCAAACAUCCAGCAAUACCCCCAGGCAUCUUUUGGCACGGGCCGCGAUAUUGCGGGUGUCAUCCUAUUUACCAUUGGCUUUGUCAUGGAGAGCAUGAGUGAUGUACAAAAGUUCAUUUUCCGCCAAAGGAACAACAAGUCUGCCAUUUGCGACAAGGGGUUCUUUUCCUGGAGUCGCCAUCCUAAUUACUUUGGAGAAAUUAUUAUCCAGUUUGCAAUCUACAUGAUUGCUGUUUCCUCUGCGGCUGAUGGGUACGUACGUGGCCAAGCAUACAAAGCCCUCUAUGCCACGAUCUUGGGCCCGUUCUUCUUGACUAUACUGCUCAUGUUCGUGUCUGGACUUCCGCUAUCAGAGCGACCAGGUGCAAAGAAGAGAUAUGAGAACGGCUCAAACUGGGAAGGCUACCAACGAUACCUCAAGAGAACCAGUAUCCUUAUCCCGCUUCCACCGCAGUUGUAUGAGCGACUGCCAGUCAUCAUCAAGAGGACGAUCCUCCUAGAGUUCCCAAUGUACGUCUUUGAUCCAGCAAAGCAUUCCAGUGGAGCACAGGGACAUCGCUCUGCGGAAGAAGGAAAUGGACAGACUGUUCCCAGUGAUAUUAGGCAAAGUGGAGAACAUUUGACAAGCAAUUAG